AUGGACGAGCCAAUGGAAAUUGACGAAAGAAAAUCUAAACCAAUGACUUGGACUGAAAAAUAGUCAGUUUUCAGCAUUUUUGUAAAUUAAAAAUGCAAAAAUACAAUGCUUCAGCCGUCCGAAGACGCUUGACGACAUUUCGCAUCAAGAUGAGGUGGUUACAAUGCUCAAAGGCGCCCUUGAAGGCAAAGAUGUUAGUUUUCCGUCAAAUGUCUUUGAAAUAUUGAAAAUCUGCGUCCAGAUGCCACAUCUUCUGUUCUACGGACCGCCCGGAACCGGAAAAACGUCGACGGCGCUCGCUUUUUGCCGCCAACUCUUCCCGAAAAAGCUUUUCCAGUGAGUUUUUCGAGAAAAUGUAUGAAAACUGUAGGAAAACUAAUCUUCAGUGACCGAGUGCUCGAUUUGAAUGCUUCCGAUCAACGCGGAAUCGCUGUUGUCCGUGAGAAAGUGAGCUUUGCUGUGAAAUUCUCAAAAUUUAUUACUAGGGAUGCAGAACAGGCGAUUUCAGGCGACUGUUUAUUAACGCAAAAACGGAACAAAAACAGGCGCCUGUUCUGCAUCCCUAUUUAUUACACGUUCGACGAAAGUUCCAAAAUUCUGUGUAAAACCGAAGUGUUGAAAAUUGCCAACUAGUUCAGGAUUUACAUGUAAAAUUUUAGUAGACGAAAUUCCACGCAAAUUGACACAUUUCGCUUAGAAAUCUCUAUUUUCUUUAGAUCCAUCACUUUUCAAAGCUUACGCUAGGCCCGAGCGACCAGUGCCUCAAGCUAAAAGUGAUUAUUCUGGACGAGGUGGACGCGAUGACGCGUGAUGCGCAGGCGGCGAUGCGUCGCGUGAUCGAGGACUACUCGAAGACGACGCGCUUCAUCCUCAUCUGCAACUACGUCUCCCGCCUCAUCCCGCCCGUCGUAAGCCGAUGCGCAAAGUUCCGAUUCAAGUCGUUGCCCGCCGAAGUACAAGUGCAGAGGUUGGUUAAAUUCAGGAUUUCUCGAAAAUUCGAUAUUUUUGUUGCAGAUUGCGCACAAUUUGCGAGGCAGAGAACACACCGAUGAGCGACGACGAAUUGCUGCAAGUGAUGGAUUACGCAGAAGGCGAUCUGAGACGGGCGGUCUGCACUCUUCAGUCCCUCGCGCCCAUUCUCAAAAGCGUAAGUGAUCUGAAAAUUGACAUAUUUACAUUUCUCUUCUCCUAAAAUCUAGCUCCCUAACGAAAAGUCCAAACAUUUUCGACCAGAUACCAUCUGAAACCCGCGUUUUUUCAAAAUUUGUAGUGAAAUGACUGUAACUUUCCACCAAAAACCACUCAUCCCUCGAAAUUCGAUGUUCAGGAAGACGCCUCUGCCCGUGCGUGCUACCUGCGCGGCUCAUCGGACGCCUCGCUCAUCUCGGAAGUGUGCCGUUCGGUGCGGAUCGCCGACGUCCCCCAGGUCGUGGCCCUCGUGCGGCAGAUCGUCCGCUCGUGCACCGGCGUCUCUUUCGUCCGCCGCUGCUUCCAACAGAUGCUCGACGACGAUCUGAUCAACGACAAGAACAUUGCGGUGAUGGGCCGACUGGUGGCCACCUGCGAGAAACGGAUGCUCGACGGAUGCGACCUCGAGAAUAACCUCCUCGACUUUCUGCUCACUCUUCGAGAAACCAUUCAAUGA